UUACACAAGACAUUCACAUCAUGGAUUUUACUGGAUUCAAUUUGAAAUACCGUUUACUGUACGGAUUAUGUGGGUUACUCCACUUUUACGCAUCAUCCUCGGCCGAGUCCAGUUGUAAACUAAAGGCUAAAUUUAACCUGAGCGGGUACAAGAACGUAGAGAAGAAAAAGGUUGUUGUGGGAGGGAUGUUUCCCGUUCACCAACGCAUCGUUUCCGUGGAUGACAACACAUCCUCGGUUCCCGUGUCCUUGGGAUGUGAGGGAUUUAACUUCCGGGCGUUCCGCUGGACUCAGACGAUGCUCUUCACCAUCAAUGAGAUCAACAGCCGUAGCGACCUGCUCCCUGACACAGACCUGGGCUAUGUGAUAUACGACUCUUGCUUCACAAUUUCUAAGGCUGUAGAGGGCACACUCACCUUCCUGACGGGCCAGGACGAGGCCGUGCCCAACUAUCGCUGUGGUACGGGGGCGCCCCUGGCCGCUUUGGUGGGGGCUGGGGGUUCAGAUCUGUCUAUUGCCACUGCUCGCAUACUAGGACUCUACUAUUUCCCUCAGGUGAGUUACUCGUCAUCCUGCUCCGUGUUGGAAAGUAAGUUCCAGUUCCCCACCUUUCUGAGGACCAUUCCUAAUGACGUCUACCAGUCUGAUGCCAUGGCUCGUCUAGUACUUCACUUCGGCUGGACCUGGGUCGGGACCAUUGCCGCGGAUGAUGACUAUGGGAAGUACGGCAUCAAGGCCUUCAAGGAGCAUGUGGAGGAGGCUGGGGUCUGCAUCUCCUUUUCCGAGACCCUGCCCAAGGUAAGCUCUCCAGGGGACAUCACGCGUAUUGUGGAGACAGUGGUGAAGUCGACCGCGAAGAUCAUCGUGGUGUUCUCCUCUGACGUGGACCUGAGCCCCUUGAUCCAAGAGCUGCUCAGACUCAACGUCACCAACCGCACCUGGAUCGCCAGCGAGGCCUGGGUCACCUCCGCUCUCAUCAAUCAGCCCAAGGUGAGUUCAGUGCUUGGCGGUACCCUGGGGUUUGGCCUGAAGCGCGCCGACAUCCCCGGACUUCAGCAGCACCUGAUGAGUAUCGACCCCUACUCCAACCCGCUCACAGAGGAAUUCUGGGAAACAGCGUUCAGCUGCACUCUGGACUACGGCCGGGCCCUACGGCUGGCGAAGGAGAGUGCGGCUGGGUUGCAGGGGAAAAACACGAUGCGGGCCAGGGCGGCAAGAGGGGCGCCAGCCGGGUUGUGUUCGGGAGAGGAGUCCCUGGAGAAACUCAAUAACACCUACUCUGACGUGUCCCAGCUGCGCCUCACAUACAGUGUGUACAAGGCGGUGUACACGGUGGCUCACGCCCUCCAUAACAUGGAGGUGUGCCUGCCAGGUCAGGGGCCGUUCAGCAACAACACCUGUGCUGAUAUCACCAAAUUUGAACCCUGGCAGUUGAUGUAUUACCUGAAGAAUGUGCGGUUCAACGUCCCUCACACCAACGAGCCUUUAUUUUUCCUGGACGGCGAUGUGGACGGCUACUAUGACAUUAUUAACUGGCAGGUCAGAAGUGAUGGGGAGAUUGCCUACGUGACUGUCGGCCGCUUCAACAGCACAGCACCACCUGAGGCCAGGAUGACCAUCGACAACGACUCCAUAGCAUGGAACAAUGAUGACCUGCAGACUCCGCGCUCUGUUUGUAGUGAGAGCUGUGAGCCUGGCACCAGGAAGGGGAUUAGACAAGGGGAGCCUGUCUGUUGCUUUGACUGCAUCCCCUGUGCUGACGGCGAGAUCAGCAACACCACAGAUGCCAGGGAGUGUAUCCAGUGCAGUGAAGACUACUGGUCUAACUCGGCCCGAGACGCCUGCGUCCACAAAAUCAUUGAGUUCCUGGACUUCGGCGAACCUCUGGGCAUCACACUGAUAGUCAUAUCAGCCUUUGGAGCCCUGACAACACUGGCCGUGGGGGUGGUGUUCCUGGUUCACCUGGGAACUCCUCUGGUGAAGGCCAACGAUCCCCUGCUGAGUUUUUCGCUGCUCUUCUCUUUGGUAGUCACUUUCCUCAGUUCCAUCGUGUUCCUGGGAGAGCCCCAGCCCUGGAGCUGCAUGACCAGCCAGGUGGCUCUGGCCUUGGGGUUUGCCCUCUGCCUCUCCUCGAUCAUGGGUAAAGCAGCCAUUCUGAUGCUGAGGGCCAGGGCUUUGAAGGCCGCGAGGAGCAAGGCCAAAGCCGGCACCAAAGCCUCUGCUCAAUGCGCCACCAUCGACGCCAGCCCUGACGUUGUCGCCACCAACGUGAGCAACAACAACGUGGCUGUAACUAGUGCCGACGUGGAUGUUCUUCGUCCCAUCCACCAGAGGAUCCUGGCCGUUGCGGCGACUCUGAUCCAGACAGUGGCUUGCACAUUGUGGCUUAUAAUCUUCCCACCUCACCCGGUGAAAAACAUGGCGGCGCAGAAUAUCAACAUUAUCUUGGAGUGCGACCAGGGUUCUGUGGUGUUUAUCUGCUGUGUCUUCGCCUACGACCUCCUGCUGGCCCUGCUCGCCUUUGUCUUUGCCUUUGUGGCACGCAAACUGGAGGACCACUUCAGUGAGGCCAAGGGCAUGACCUUCGGCAUGCUGGUCUUCUUCAUCGUGUGGAUCUCCUUCGUCCCGGCCUAUCUCAGUACACGUGGUAAGUUCAUGGUAGCUGUGCAGAUCUUUGCCAUCCUGGCCUCCAGCUUCGGCCUGCUGGCCUGCAUCUUCCUGCCCAAGUGUUACGUCCUGCUCAUCAAGCCUGAGCACAACACUGAGGCUAUGAUGCGGCCGCAUUCCAAACCCAGGGACGGGACCGGUACCUCGACCUCGCUUGCAACGGCGGCCACUGAAGUCCAAACCAUUGAUGAUUAGAGAAGGACACGCACUCAAACUAAAGUGCCGUAUACACACACAUCGAUCCGUCAGCAGUGCACCCAAUGGGCUGGUAAUGUGCAUCACACAUACACACUAACUAAGAACUUCUCAGCCUUUCACUCUGGCAGCUGUCUUUAGUUUCAUCUGAUGUUAUAAUUCAGCUGAAUGUAGUUUUUGUCUAAUGUAGAUGAAUGGAAUUCUCAGGGGGUAGAAAAUGAAGAGCCCUUUUUCUUUCCUUUCCAAAAAGGUUUUGUGUGAGGAACA